AUGUGCACAUGGCAUGACAGCUAUCUCGCAUCAGAAGAAUUCUACCUGCUCUGUUCCCAUGUGAUAACGGUUAUUCAAUUUCCUUUAAAUCUUCUUGGGUUAUACAUUGUAGUAUUCAAAACUCCGAGUAACAUGUCAAAAGUGAAGUUCUCAAUGCUAGUGAUGCAUUUCACAAUCUUUUGGAUAGACUUUUACUGGAAUAUCCUUUGUAUUCCAUUUGUUAUAUAUGCGGCGGUGGCUGGGUACCCGCUGGGUGUCAUAGUUUAUUUGGGAGUCCCUACAAUUGUUGUGGCCUAUAUUGGAAUGACGUCUCUUUUGCUUUUAAUUCCCGCCGUGGUUCUAUUCUUCGAAGAACGUUACAAUCGUCUCAUACGUCGAGAUGCCGACUCUCAAAGUCGAUUUAUAAAACGCGUAAUCUAUUUUAUAAUAAUUUACGUUCUAGUAUUAACCGGACUAAUACCCGCGUACUCAGAUUCUUUUAACUAUGAAGAACAAAGACUGUAUAUUCUGAAGGAGUACCCUUGUAUUCCGCCAAGCUUCUUCGAGAAACCUGGGUUUUUGAUACUAUCUGAUAAUCCCAGAAAGUUGGCGUACACUCUUCUUCUAUUCAUAAUUAUAUUUAUGUUACAAACACUCUAUUUCCUAAUUCGAGUAUUAUUUCAUCUGCAAAAAAGUAAAGCUCACUCUGAAAAGACGGCUCGAAUGCAGAAACAAUUAUUCAAAGCCCUAUGCAUUCAAGUUUCGGUCCCACUGGUGUUUGCAGCAGUACCAUGCAUUUAUAUGAAUAUUUCUGCAGCAUUUUAUUAUUUAAACAUGAUGCUUUCAAAUUUUUCAUUGCUAUGGAUUCAAACUCAUGGGAUAUGCUCAACGGUGACAAUGCUUUGUGUUCAUAAGGCUUAUAGAGGAGCAACUGUGAAGCUUUUCUGUCGAAGAGAAUUGGCAAACAAAGUUUUCGAAAGGAAAUCCGUUAAUAAUUCUGGGAUAAAAUUGUAAAUAAGUAUUCGCAAUAUUAAAUAAAGAAUUAAAUUUU